AUGUCAACAUUGUUGAAACAAAAUCAUGCCGCUGAGCAAAGUGAUUCAAAUACAAAUAUUAUCAAUUAUGUAAAAACAAAUAAAAUGAAUGAUCGUUCCAAACAUGAUGCUGAUUAUGAUUCCGAUGUUGAUGAAACAACAUCAAUGGAAGAAGAUGACAACUGUAGUGAUAAUAAGCAAGACCAUAGUUGUGAUUCUGAGAUAUCAGAUGACCACUAUGAUGAGACUGAUGAGAUUAAUACAAUUACAACGAAAGAAACAGUAUACAAUGAUACAUGGAUCAGAAACUCAAGCAAUCCAAAUUUAAACGAAUCCUAUUUUCAAGUUAAGAUAAACAAUACUGUAAAAUAUUUUCAUAAAUAGACUCCUUGUUGGAUGUUAACAGAGAAACAACGUCGUUUGUCAUGUGACAGAUUAUCAAGAAUAAUGGACAUGAGUAAAAAGGAAUAAAAAUAAGUAUUGCAUUUCUAGAAAGACUUUAUGGCAAUGUCAUAUGUUUUCGAAGAAAAUAGAGUGUGUAAGUUUUAAGUCGAAGUUUUCCGCCUCCCCUCUCCCCAAUUUGGACCUAAACAACCGAGAUUAAAUAAUGGAUAUUAAUAACAGGCUUAUUUGCCAUUUUAUUCAAUGCUUUUCAUAAUCAAAUAUAAUAAAUUAAGAAAAACGAACUACGCAAAUGGUAAAUAACGAGUAAAUAGCAGCAAUAAAACCGAAAAGUGGAGUGUUCGCAAAAAACGUUUAUGUUCUAAAUGUGAAAAUAAACAAGGCAGAGUUUGCUUACAAUCGAUCGUCAUGGAAAAGGAACUAUCGUCUUUUAGAGAUUUUACACCAUAUGUUGCCUAUUAGUAUAAUGAAAUUAAACAAAGUAAAAUAGUUCCACAUUUCAAUUCCAAAGAGGCUGCACCAACAAGCUUUCAUUUGUCCUUUGUGUAGACUCUUCAUUAAUCGAUGAAUAGCGUCAGAACAGAGAUUCUAAACGCCUGUGAACAUCAAAAAUAUUUAAUGUCUAUCCACAGAUGAUCGAAAUCAGCAAGAUGACUUACUAUCAGAAGCAUGGCUACUAAGAAAAGCUGAUCUUUUUGAAGAACCAAUAUGCAUCUCAAAGAAUUCCCUGAGACUCCAUGGAACUUACAAAGACACCACAUGACUCCAAGGCACUCCAUACACGUGGAGUCUGCACAGUCUGCUGUAUCCCCGUCACCUAUACACUAAUGCACACCUACAGGAUCGCUUAUUUGGAGGAUUAUUCUGGAGAUUAAAACACAUUUCAUCAAGAUCUACAGCCAACAUCUGCCAAGAACUUGAAUCCAUAUUGAAUUUUGUACUCGAUGAUUUCCGUUAUCGACGGCAUAGAGAUUGCCAUGCCGAUCGAAUGACAAACCGAUGGGCCAAUUGAGUUGGUUCGAUUGUCCUCCUUCACCGUUUCCACCAACAAUGACACUUCCCUGUGUGGCUCCUUUGGGC